AUGAAUCCUAAGGGAUAUAAGUAUUAAGUACAAAUCCAUAUAGAAAGGUUAGAAAUGAAGAGUAAUUUAUCCUUUAAAUUGUAAGUUGUCUUGAAAUAUGGUAUGUAGUUAUUUUUAUCAAUCAAGGGAAGCAGCAGAAAAUUCAAACAUAACAAUUAGCUGAUUUCAAUUAAGGCAAGGCUAUCGUUAAUGAAACACUCGCCAUUCAAACUAAUGUGUAUUAAAUAAAUGGAAUAUAUUAAGAAAAGAAGAUGGAAUUAUUAAUUUUGCUCAUUACACCAACAGGUAAUAAAAAGGGAGGGCAAUGUUUUUUUGAUAUUGCAGACUAUAUGAACCAAUAUAAAAAUGGUAUUUCAUAAUUGCACUUUAGACAUUAAUGAAGAAUUACUUUUGCAAGGGUGUCCUGAUAGCAAAGCCAAAAUUUAUUUAAAAAUUCAUUUAGCUGAAGUUGGAGAAGUGGAUUUUGAUGCAAUUAACCCUCAGUCUUCAAUAGUGUAAGAGUAAACCUCUGAUAAAAAAACAGGAAUUUUUACACCCUUUAAAGAAGCAAUUGAAAGCACAGCAAAAAAAUACUUCGGAGAUAAUCAAUCAGGACAAUCACCAAAUUUGAACAAAUCUUUUUCUAAAAGCCAAACAAAUAAUCCCACGGUGACAGAUAUCUCCUCUCACCUUGCCUCUCCAAAGUAACAGCAGAAUUUUAGCACUGCAAGCCAAAUCUAAUUAGAUCUAUAGCACCUUCAUGAAGAACUCAAUUAAUAAAAGAUUUUGAACAUGGAAAUCAAAGAUCAGAAUAAUAAACUCUAAUAGGAAGUGCAGACUGAGAAAGUUAAAAAGGAAGCGUUGGUAUUGCAAUUAUAGGAACAAAGAAAGUAGAUAGAGAAGAUGAUUGAUUAAAACAUUUACCAAGAAUAGAUAUGUUAAUAUGAAUAGCAACUAAGUUAAAUUUAAAGUCAAUUAAGGUAAGCACAAAAAGAUAAUGAAAACCUGACAUAAAACUAUAAAAAAGCUAUGUAAAAGUACAAUAAAUUAUCUGAGGAGUAUAAUUAAUAUUAGCAAAGCAUCAAUUCAGAAGAAUAGACUACUUCAUCCUUAAAGUAAAGGCUUCAAGAAUUGGAGGAAAUCUGUAAAAAAAAAGAUUAAUUAUAUUCUGUUUUAGAAAAAUCUAAUAAUGAGAGUUAACUAAGAAAUAUCAAUUUUGAAAAUUAAAUCACUCAACAGAAUUAAUAAUUAUUGUAACUUAAAAAUAAAUUAGAUGAAAAAGAUAUAUUAAUAGACUCAUAAAAAGAAAGCCUAAAUAAUUUAAACCUAUAGUUACUAAAUUUAUCGAACCAAAAUACUAAUCUCUAACAGAAUGAAAGAAUUCAUAAUGAAAAAGUAUUGAUUAAUCAUAAUUAUUAGAUUGAUGAAUUAUCCAAAUAGAUUAUUUAGUAAUAGGAGUAAAUCAAUCAAUAAAGGAUAGAAAUUAAGAAAUAAUGUGAAGAUCAUUUGAGUUCAGAUAAAUAAAAUAUUGAAAAUCUAACUCAACAAUUGAAUAAUAAAAAUAAUGAAUUAGUUGAGUAUUAAACUUAAUGCGAAUAACUAAAAUAGAAACAUCAAUUCGAGGUAGAGGAAUUAUUAAAACAAAUUCAAUAAUUGAAACAAGAACAAGAAUAAAUAUAAACAGAAUUAGACUAAAAAUAUAUGGAAAAAGAAUAGAAUUUCUAGAAUGAAUUAAAACAAUAACAAGAAAGAGAGGAAGAACUAAGAAUAAAAGUUCAAGUACUUACAUAGUAAACUAAUUAAUUGUAAUAACUGAUAAACGAUAGUACCAGUUAAGUACAAAUUAUGAGAUAGUUGUUUCGAGACCCUUAGAUUGAGACUGCUGAGACUGAUCUUCCAAAUCAAUUGAUGGAAUUGAAUAAAGCAAUUGCUUUGAAAUUUUGUAAAUUAAAGUAGGAUCUAGAACAAAAUUCAUAAUAGAUUUAGGAACAUGAAAAAGAAGAUUCUAAUAAUUCUUAUAAUCAAUAAUCUGUAUUAAUAGAACAACUGUAAUUAAAAACAAUUGAGUUAACUUAAGCAAAAUAAAAGAUUGAUAAUCUCUAAAGCGAAAACUCACUUUUACAAUAAUAAAUGCAAACAAACUCAGAGUUUUUAAAUAAUUUAAAUCAAUUAAUACUUCAAUAGAAUGAAAAAAUCUAAAAUCUAUAAAAUUUAGAAAUUCAAAAUAAAGAAUUAAUCCAAUAAUCUAUUUCAGAAAAAUAGAUUAAUCAACAAUUAAGUGAAUAAAAUAGCAUGUUUGAUCAAUAAAAUUAGGAUCUAUAAAUUAAAUUACAGGCUUUGUAGAUAGAAAUUUUGAAAAAGGAAGACUUAAUCAAUAAUUUGUCCAGCAAAAUUUCAUAAUUAAACCAAUAAAAUUAAGAAUAAAUUAUAAUAAAUGAAUAAUUACAAAUUCAAAUUAAGGAAUAGAUUCAUAAUACAUAGUAACUAUAACAAGAGAAUUCAAUCUCAAAAGCAUAAUAAGACUAAUAAAAUGAGAAUUUAAUUUUGCAGAACACUAAAUUAGAAGAGGAAAUAGUUUAAUUAAAAGAUCAAAUUAUUAUUUUAGAUGAAUAAGUCAAUAAUUUAAAUAAAAAAAUAACAGAAUUAGAGAAUUUGAAUCAAUUAAAAUAAGAUGAGAUAUAAUAAAAAGAUUAGAAAUAAUAAGAAGUCUAGAUAUAAUAAUAAGAACUUUAAGUAUAAUAAUAAUAGUAUUAGACAUAAUAAUAAGUAUAGUCAUCGGAUUAAGUCUAAUAAUAAGAGAAUUAAGAUAGCAAAUAAUUUGAGUUAACUCAACAAACUUUUUAAGAAAUUGGAAUUCAAACAGAAUAACUUGAAUAAUAACAGGUAAUUAAUUUAGAAUUAAAUUUUUAAUAAGCAGAACAAUUAGAACUAAAUUAAGAAUAACAUUAAAAAUUAUAAUAAUAAAUAGAAGACUUAACUAUUUAAUUGAAUCAACAAAUAACUGCACUCUAAUAAGCUUAAAAUGAUAUUGAUCAGAUAAAAAUAGAAAAUAAUUCUCUAGUUAAAUCCAAAGAAAUGUGGUUAUUGAGAGAAGGAGAAUUUCAACUUUAAAUAGAUCAAUUACAAGUGAUUAAUCAAGAGAAAAAUUCAAAAAUAGAAGAAUUAGAAACUCAAAUCAAAGAAAGUUAAUUACAAUAUUAAAAUGACAUAUAAGAAUUAUAAUAAUAAUUAUUUACCGAAAAUGAUGAAUGGCUAAAAGAAAAAGAAAUAAUUUAAUAAUAUAUAGAUUAACUGGAACAUAAAGGAUUGGAAUUAACCAAUUAGAUAAAGGUAAAGGAUGAUGAAAUUCAAAAUAUAUAGAAAUAGAAUCAAUAGUUAAGUGAAUAAUUGGAGGGUUUGUAAAUAAUUAAUGAGAAAGCAUAGCAAUUGGAGAAGUAAUGCUUAGAGAAUAAAUAAAAAUUUGAAUAAUAAAUAGAUGAGAUUAAUUUGAAGAAUAUAUUAAAAAAUAACGAUUUUAUCAAAUAGAUCUAACAAUUAUAAUAAUAAUCCCAAGAUGACUAAGUAAAAUUACUAGAAUUGAAAAAGUAAUUGGAAGAAAUGGAAGACUCAAUAAAAGAAAAGGAUGGCAAACACGCUAUAGAGAUAUAAUUAAUAACUAAUAAUUAUGUGAAUCGAUUGAAAGACAAGGAUGAUGUAAUAUAAAAUCAAUAAUAAGAAAUACAAAGUUAUCAAUAGGUUGAAUUGGAUUAAUAAAAUUUGAUUAAAUUUUUGGAGAGUGUUAAAGAGAACUUGGAAUAGUAAAAGAGUGAGAACUUCGAAUACAUCUAAGAAAUUCAACUUACAAAUGAAAAGAUUAUACAGUAAUCAGAACAAUAAGAAUUAUAAAUAAACCAAUUAUAAGCUACAAUAAAAGAAUUAGAAUAAAAGAAUCAUGAAUUGGAGACUGAGAAGAUUAAUAUUUCAAAUAAUUAUCAACAGGCAUUAAUUGAAGCAUAAUCUUUGAAUCACACUCAAGAUAAUUCUAAUGAGGUAAUUGAAAAGAUGUAAGAAGAAGUAGUACUAUUAAAAUGUCGAAUAGGAGACAUGUUCAAUGCGGCUUUAGAUUUUGGAGGACCAAAAUUGGUAGAUAAGUUGUAAUAAGCCUUAGGCAUCAAAGAGUGA